UUUUCAUCAGUAAAUGCCGAAGCUGUGGGUUUCAAUAGUUCCAAUUUUAAUAUCAGUUUUAAUCUUCCAUUUGACGCUGAUGUUCCUGGUCGUCAUAGCGCAGAAAUUGCUUUUUUAUUUUUUUUCUUACGGGUUGCACCUGUUAUAUAUCAAUUCUGCUUUGUAUAUCCGAAUGAUAAGAAAGAAUUUUUAUAUAAAGAUCAUGAGGAUAAAGCUGUUUCUAUAGUUCUAUUAAUUGGAAGUAUUGAUGCUAUUAAAUUAUUAAUUAGUGACUUUUUUAAUGUACAUAUCGUAAAAUGUAGAGAUUUUUGUAGAGGAAAUGGGAUGACACUUAACUUAUUUACCGUGGGUUAUGCUACAAGAACAUUACAUUUUGCAGCAAUAACUUAUUAUUUUUCAAGUGCUUCUGCAUAUCAUUGGAUUACUGCUACCGUACUUUUUUCUGCAACGACUACUCUGAAUUUUGCUAAAACAGAUAUUCGGUUUGAAAAUCCAAAUUCUUCUUUUUUAUAUAAAAUCGACUGGUUAUAUCAUUUUAAAGAAUAUACAAAUGAUAAAAAUGAUAAAGAAAAAGGUAAAUUAAAAGAAUUGGUUAAGUCACGAUAUAAGAAUUUAGAAGUUAAAGUUGAUUUUUAA